UGUUUUUUUUCCUUCUUCCUUUGCUUUGAUCUAACGUGUGGAAGGAAAGCAGCCAUGCCCCUGCCCCGCCAGCCGCCCGCUGCGGACCCCGAGCUGGAAGUGCCGCCCCGUUCCCGCACGGCGCUUUGCCCGGCGCGGCGGUGCUCCCCUGGCGCGCGGCGGUGAAAGGCGCCUUCCACCAGUCCCGGGGAGCGGAGAGAGGCGGGUUGGGCUGGAACGCUUUCUCUAAGGAUGCUCCACUCAGCCGUAACUGCUGGGACGUGCCGGGCAGCUUCUCCGGGUGGGCAGCCGGGCGGGCCAGGACCACCGUGUGCGGCUGCCGAGUUUCCCUUCCCCCGAGCGAGCGGUUCCCAGCGCUGGAAGCUCGCCGGCCACUCGCCAGCGCGGCGAGGGGAUGCUCCACGCCUGACUCCGCACCAGCCCUGGCGGGCAGCGUUUCCGUACCGGGGUUCCAGGGUCCGGCAGUGGAGCAGGGGCGGUGGCAGUUAAAACUGCAGUUCAUCUGUGGACGAAGGAGCAGAGAACGAAGCUGGGAAGGACCGUGGUCUCACUUUGCCCUGUUGCAAGCAGGGGAUGCGCAUCCUGUUGGGCAUGGCUUCUCCUUAUGCCCUGGGAAGACAAAGUUACCACCUCCAGGAUUUCUGCCAGCACAUCCCCAGGAAGAAUUUAUGCCCCCACUGCCCCUUCUUCUCUGGGACAGCAAGGCUCGUGUGGAUUUGCUUUGCUUCUCAUUUGAGCAUCUCUCAACAUCCAGGAGCGAUUCCCAGCAUCUCUGUGGGGCUUUGGAUUAUUUAAUUUAUCCAUCUAGGAUGCUGGGACUGAACAUCAAGCCUUCUUCAAAGCAACAACCUUGGACACCGAUGUUCAACAUGAGCCUGGUGCCAGAGUUACUGAGCUUUGUGCAACUCUGGGCCUGCCAAAACUUUCUGAACCCCCAGCUAAUUUUAGCAGGGCUUGAUGGAGUAGAGCCCUUGGAAACAUCCUGCUCCUCUGUGUUUUGGGGAUGCUGGCAGCUAGGCGGAUGGAGAAGUGGCACCUUUCCACCCAAAGGAUGACAUCUGAGCCCGGCUUUCCAAAAUUGCAUCCAAAAUGCAAACUCAGCAUUGUGAUUCCAUCCCUGAGCCAAGCUGUGCUGAAAGAGGAGCAAGGCAGGACCCUCCAAUGAGUGCAAAUAGCUCCAGGCUGCUCUCCCCAUGACCUGGAUGAUGCACCCAGGGAGCAGCUCUGCAGGUAAAAAGCUAUUUGGCUCCUCCAGGUGCAGGAGAUGAGGGCCAUUAACACAGGUGUCUCAAGCAUCUUCAGAGGACCAGCAGCUUUUCUCAUCACCACCCCAUACUCACUGUGCGUCUGCCCUGAGGGCCAGAACGUCACCCUGACCUGCCGGAUCAGUGGUCCCCUCGCCGACCGCCAUGACCUGCUCUACAAAACCUGGUACUUCAGCAGCAACGGUGACCAGAGCUGCUCUGAGAAGAAGCACAUCCGCAACGUCACUGAGAAGGAGCUGCACCACGACCUGGGCAGGCACCAUGAGCUGCCGGGAAAUGGCACCCAAAAAUCCCCUGUCGGGGGGCAAGCCAGCCAUCAUGGGGUGGAGUUUGUACCAGACCACCACGGAGCCUUUCACAUUGUGGUGAUGAACCUGACACUGCAGGACAGUGGGAAUUACUGCUGCUACGCUGUGGAGGCCAGGCGGGAGCACGGCAAGCCCCACACCCUGCAGGUCGCUCAUGGCUUCGUGGAGCUCCAGAUCCAGCCAGGCAGAGGAGGGCUUCAAAACUGCACGUUUCAUACUGCCACCAGCAAAGAUAUCACAGCCGCUGCGCUGGCAACAGGCGCCUGCAUCGUGGGCAUCCUCUGCCUGCCCCUCAUCUUGCUCCUGAUUUACAAGCAGAGACAAGCUGUCAGCAGCAGACGUGCUCAUGAGCUUGUCAGGAUGGAGAGCAAUGCCCAGGGCAUUGAGAACCCUGUCUUUGAGGCAGUCCCCUCGGCCAGCACGGAGUCACGGCCCCGACCCCAGCUCUCCUACAUGGCCAGCCGGCAGCCCUCCGAGUCUGGCCGGCACCUGCUCUCUGAACCCGGCACCCCCCUAUCCCCCCCAGGCCCCGGGGACUGCUUCUUCCCAACGCUGGAUCCUGUUCCCGACUCACCGAAUUCCUUGAAAGAGUAAAGACCCAGGAGAAAACCACAUCCCCCAGCCACAGCCGGGAGAGGCCAGGCAGCCACUGUGCCAUGCGUCCAGCCGGGACCCUGGGGAGGGCAGUAUGGCCAUGGGCAGCAAAGCCUUAAACAAUGAAGCUGGGAGCAGGAGCCCUGCCCUCGCCUCCUGUCCUGGCUCUGCCCUGGGGCUGGAAGUGAACCUCUCUUGCCCAGAUUUAGGUUUUUAACUAUUUCUAUGGAGAAGAGCACGGCUUUGUACUGCUCAUGUUUUAUGGGCUAGCUGAAAACUGGGGAUGCAGGGAAGGAAGGAUGACCUGCACCCACAAACCUCCCCAAGGACUUAACUUAUUGUCAGGGGUUUAAGCUCUGCAAUAUCAGCCUGUUUCUACAUCUUUGAACAUUCUCUCUGGGAGCGGAUGGUAAAGUACUUUAUCCACCAUGAGACAAAACACCGUCACCGGCCAACCUUGUACUACCUUUUUCUUUGCAAAACAGGAAGGGGAGAGGCUCCCUGCUGCUGAUGGAACCCUCCUUCCCUGCCAGCCUUUUGAGAUGGUCACAGACAUGCAAGGCUGCUGCCUUUUCAGCUGGACACAUGUUGGGAGAAGCCUUAUUUCUGCUGCAAAUUUAUCCUCAGCUUGGGAUCAGGGGAGUUUAUCUUUCUUUCAUUAUCAGUGCUGAUUAAAAGAGAAAAAAGGA